AUGACCUUUAUGUAACCUCAUGUCAACUUUGACCUGAAGUUUCAGACGACAGCGCGCACUUUUUUGCAGAAGGCCAGUAAAAAUUCACCUAAAAAACCAAGAUGGGAGAUUCGGAAAAGGAUGGAAAGGUGCCAUUGUAUGAAGAUGUGAACAAGGAACUUUUUCUGAGCGAAAUAUAUCCAAAGAGAGUGCCGGCUGUAUUACGUGGAGUGGACAUCGGUCCCUGUGUGAACCUCUGGACUACAGACUACCUCUUUCAGAAGGGUGGGAGUAGACAAGUCAAAAUCCACGUCUGUCCCACGGCACAAAUGGACUUUAUCAACAAAAACUUUGCUUACAGAACAUUGCCAUUUGAUGAGUUUGUGACAAGAGCUGCAGAAGAGAAACACAAAGAUUUCUUCCAUUCACAGGAUGAAAAAUAUUAUCUACGUUCAUUGGGAGAAGACCCAAGAAAGGACAUAGCAGACAUCAGGACACAGUUUCCUGAACUUGCAGAUGACAUCAUCUUCCCAGAGUUCUUUGCUCCCUCCCAGUUCUUCUCCAGUGUGUUCAGAAUAGGCUCACCCGGUGUGCAGCUUUGGACGCAUUAUGAUAUUAUGGACAACCUUCUUAUCCAGGUGAGCGGCCGGAAGAGAGUUGUGCUGUUCAGUCCACGAGACGCCACACACCUGUACCUGACAGGUGACAAGUCCGCUGUUCUUGACCUUGAAAACCCUGACCUUGAGAGAUUUCCCCAGUUCUCCCAGGCCAGACCCUACACCUGCACUCUACAGCCUGGGGACAUCCUCUUUCUACCAGCUUUGUGGUUCCACAAUGUAGUCUCUCUUGAUUUUGGCGUGGCCAUCAACAUCUUUUGGAGACACCUAGAUCCUGGUUUCUAUGACAACAAGGAUCCCUAUGGCAACAAGGACUUAUUAUCGGGUCAAAGGGCGCUUCAGAUACUGGACAGAGCCCUUAAAACUUUGGAUGAACUUCCAGUGGAGUACAAAGACUUUUAUGGGCGUAGGAUGGUGUCCAAAAUACAACAGACAGUAUUAGACAAAGAACUGCCUUGACUGCAAAAAAAAAGACUGAUUUACAUGGGAGGAUAUACACUUAAUCAAGUCAACGUUUCAACAGUGAAAUGUGAAUCAACACCGUUACAGAUACGUUGGUAUAAGAUUCACAUCCAAGGCAAUCUGUGUGUUUGCUUUAGUAUGCACAACAGUGAAAUGUGUCUACAAAUUAAUGAUAUCCAGUGCUAUGGGCAAUUCAUGCCUACAAAGUCUUUUUCAACAUGCUGACUUUGACAAGGUUAAUUUCUUGAGCGGGUACUACACUUAAAAGCAUCUAAUACCAGCAUUAAAGUCCAGUUAUAAGAACAUA